CGGCGCCCGCCGCGCUCACGUGGCUGCGGAGGGCGGCGGCGGCGCUGUCGGCGUGCGCAGGGCGCCGGGCAGAGAUGCCUUUUGAUUGCAAGACUGCUGAAAUGUUUUGAGCACUGCCUCUGCUUUCCUAACCAUGAACAGUUCAAAAUCGCCAGGGCUGGCUGGAUUUGGAAUCUUAAAAAACACAACCUGCCACACAGAGAAGAAGAUUUCAGUUUUCUUUUCAAUAAUCUUCAUGACAGUGGGAAUAUUGUCUAACAGUCUUGCAAUAGCAAUUCUUAUGAAGGCAUAUCAGAGAUUUAGACAGAAAUCAAAAGCCUCCUUUUUGCUUCUUGCUAGCGGUUUGGUUAUCACAGAUCUCUUUGGCCACCUCAUCAACGGAGCCAUUGCAGUGUUUGUGUAUGCAUCUGAUAAAGACUGGAUCCGAUUUAACCAGUCCAACAUUCUUUGCAGUGUUUUUGGCAUCUGCAUGGUAUUCUUUGGUUUGUGCCCACUCUUCCUGGGCAGUGUGAUGGCUGUUGAACGUUGCAUUGGAGUCACUAAGCCAAUAUUUCACUCUACAAAAAUGACUUCUAAACAUGUGAAAAUGAUGUUGACUAUGGUAUGUCUAUUUGCUGUUCUUAUAGCUUUGCUGCCUAUUCUUAGGUUUAGAGCCUAUCAAAUUCAAGCAUCGAGGACCUGGUGCUUCUAUAAAACAGAACAUGUUGAGGACUGGGAAGACAGAUUUUAUCUCUUACUUUUUUCUUGCCUUGGGUUACUGGCCCUUGCUAUUUCAUUCUUGUGCAAUGCUGUCACAGGAAUUACCCUCUUAAGAGUCAAAUUUAAAAGUCAACAAAGACAAGGCAGAUCUCAUCAUUUUGAAAUGAUCAUUCAGCUCUUGGCUAUAAUGUGUGUUUCUUGCAUUUGCUGGAGUCCAUUCCUGGUCACUAUGGCCAGAAUCGGGAUAAAUGAAAAUCGUUCAAAGGAGACCUGCGAAACAAUACUUUUUGCUCUCCGGAUGGCAACAUGGAAUCAGAUUUUAGAUCCCUGGGUAUACAUUCUUCUUAGGAAAGCUGUACUUAAAAACCUGUACAAGAUUACUAGGGGGUGUUGUGGCAUGCGCAUCAUAAACCUACACAUGUGGGAACUCAGCUCCAUCAAGAAUUCUUUAAAAGUUGCAGCAAUAUCUGAGUCACCGGUAAGUUCCAAACAAAUAAAUCUACAGCCGCUCAGCACUACAGGGCAAUGAAAUUAAACAUGGUGUAUGAAGAAAUGAUGGAGGCAAGGAUCAUACACUGACAGUACCUUAAAAUGAAUUCUUGUAAGGCUCAGUGGUUUGACAUUUGUUUUAAAUUGUGAGUGGUUUGCUCUUGUUGCUUACCUGUUUGAUAUUGCUACUCCAAAAGAUGCACUUGAAUGUUCCCAAAUCAGUAAUAAAAUAACGGUAAAUCAUCUUAUAUUUCUCAAUUUCAGGUACUAAAGUGAACAAACAGGGUUCCUCACAGUCCCCCCUUCCUCCUCCCUAAUCUUUUACUUUUGGCAGGCUUCUUAAGAAUUCCACCAAAGUUCUUAAGAAUAUAUUCGAGUGAGAAAUUAUCUCCAAGGUGUUUUUAGAGAGGGGUAGAUUAUGUCUACCAGUGAUACCCGCUGACUGGUGGAGUUGCUGUUUCUUAGACCUCUGCCCACCAUCCAUUCCAUAGGGGUACUCAUUGCUUCUAGGCAUUGAAUUUUCCAUUUGGAUGUAUAAAAGACACUUUGCUUGUGUCCAGCUUGCUCAAUGAUCUUGUUUGUUUGGUUCAGUGACUUGAGCUUCUAAGUAUUUACUGUUCUGCCAAUUUUUGAGAGCUGCAAACUUUAUCAGUGGAAAUGUUCCUUUCAAAUCCCUGAUAAAAUAUUAGGUACUAUGUGAUCCCCAUGGGAAUUAGAAGCAGGUCAGCUCAGCUUGUUUACUCUUACAUUUUUAGAUCUAUUGAUCAGGUUUUAGUCCUUUCAGUAGGUUUUAUUAUAACUAACAGACAUAAAUCUAUCGUUAGUCUGUAUAAAGAACAGUUUUGUUUUCCCCAAACUGAAGCAAGUUGCUUGAAGAGUUCCCCUAACGCAUAUAUUGAAAUGCCUAUAGGCACAUCUGCUUAAUUUGUAAAAGAUCACACUUGUGUCUUAUAAAAAUUUUGAAUGAGCAUCAUUGCAGGGAACUGCACUGUGAGUGCGUGUUUGUUUCUGAAAAGCAACUGUGUAUUCAAUUUUUGCAGAGUCUGUGUCUUAAGUGCUGAGUAUAUUCAUAUAUUUGAUGGUACCAGAAAAAUUUCCAGCACUUCACACAGGGGACCCUUUAUCUUUAAUGCUGCUAGAAGAAACUUUAAUUUCUGUGAUUAUAUCUUGUUUAAAAGCAAGAAUGAGAGUCUCAGAGACUUUGUAGCAGAGAGAUUGUUUUAAGAUGGAAAUGCUUUAUUUUAUUUUUACUUAAUUAUCUUCAAAUAGCUUCAUUAGUGAAUUGUUGGUAGAUCUGGAUGAAGCAGUUAAAAAUUAAUCCCUCAAGAAGGCAGUCUGAGGGACCAAAACUGUUCGCAAAAUAGAAAUUCACAUUGUCUGUGAGAAUAGUUUGAGUCAAAAAAAAAAAAACCUCAAAAGGUUUAAAUAUUUUAAUUUUUGAUUUAAAAACUUCCUUCUUACUUUAAAAAGGAUAAAGAUAAAUGGCUUAAAUAACCCAAUAAUGAAAUGAAAUGGCUUCAUUUACCCUAAAGAAUUUCUCUAUAUGAUUUAUUUCCUCAAUUACAGAGUUGAUAAAACACGCACAGAGCUGAUGCUGGUAUAAACCACACCGUUGCUUCAUGUUGGCUCUACUGAUACUGGUGAGAGUGUUAAGUCAGUGCUCAAUCUGGCCUUUUCAUAGAGUGUGAUGCCAAUGUAUCUGUUAACAUAAAUUAUUGUUGUUUUAGCAGCCGCAGAAAAAUAUUGGUCCACGAAUUGUAGAGAUAUUUGAUCAGUGAAUGAAGCUCAUCAAUGUUCCAUUUUGUUAUGUGAAUAAAUGUAGCUUGUGAAGUUCAUACUGAUUGAAUUGUAAAACAAAGAAGUUUAUAUGUAUAUGUGAUUUCUUAUAUUUUGUGUACUGAUACAUAUUGAAUGUAAAUUGCAGAGCCUCAUUAAAGUUAUCGAACUGUA